UCAUAUGCCGACUCCUUUUUUUUUUUCCGACGGACUCCGGGUGAGUUCGCGCUUCGCCGGUUGCCAAGUAACGGGAGGAAAGCGCGCGCUGGAGAGGAAGAGGAGCCGCGUUCUGGCGGCCGUAGCUCCCAGCUGCCUUCGGUGAAGUGUUUUGUUCAUGCCGGCUCUUCUCUUCUUGAAAGAAUUAAGUGCAUACUGUUAUAGAUGACUGUCUUUCUCUCUGAAAUGCACCUCUGGUCGGUGAAAAGCAUCUUAUAUGUUGAAGACAAAGAUAUUGGUGUCUAUCAGUACCAUGAAAAGAAGGAACCAGAGCCACAAAUGAAAGUUGGAUAUUUAUAUGAGAAACAACAAUUAGCAGAAUCUCGAAAUUAUCCUUGGGUACUUAAGAACAAACGUCCAGAAAAGCUUCGAGAUACACUUAAGGAGCUAGAGGAACUGAUGCAAAAUAGUCAGUGUGUACUGAGUAAAUGGAAGAGCAAAGAUGUCUGUCAGCUUCUCUUCCCUUCAGGUAUACUGGUGUCUCUAAACCUUUCUGGACCACAGCUGGAACAAGUGGUGAUUGACAGAACCCUGAUGGGAAAGUUCAUCUCUAACACUAUCAGUGAUGCUGUGCUUACUGAUACUUUUAUGAUCUUUUCAUUUUGGGAACAAAGCAAACUCUGUUUCAUUCAACUCUCAAAAAAAGCAAAUUCUCCAGACGUAAACAAAAGACUUGAAAAGCUCUCAAACUUCGAUUUUAAGGUAUCUUACAUUGAUAUACCAGGACUAGGAAGCAGAAGGAUGAAGCGUCAUUUGACAAUAAAUAACAUACAGAAUAUGGUUAUUUGCUGGUGGUCUGCUGCAAAGGAUGAACUUUGGCCUUGGUCCCCAGUGUCUAGCAAAAGAGAGAGAGCCAACUUGCUACUCCUGAAAUAUGAACAUGGCAACUUAGAGAUUCUGGGUUCUAUUCAUACAGAUGGGGAUCCACUUGAUGUCCGAUUUAGUAUGCGCAAUCCACAUCAGAUUCAUACUGUAGAACAAUCUGCGAGUGCAGACCAAAAGCCCAUGGUUGACAGCUGCAUUUAUGAAUAUGUUAGGAAUAAAAUUCAUUGUGUGGCAAUCACCAAAAUACCAUUAACAUCCAAGGCCAUCAGCUGUUGCAGGAAUAUUACAGAAGACAAACUAGUUCUGGGUUGUGAAGAUUCUUCAAUAGUUCUAUAUGAAGCCUACCGUCAAGUAACUCUGAUAACAGAAGCAAAGCUGCUACCUGCCUUAAUGUGUUGCCACCCUAGUGCUGCCAUAAUUCUUACUGGUAAUUCUCAAGGAGAACUACAGUUAUUUGACAUGGCACUGUCUCCAAUUAAAAUGCAGUUUUUAGCUGAAGACUUUUCACCAAAAUCGACUCUACAAUUCAGUGAAAAAUUUCAGAUAUCCAGCAGUCUAAUUCAAAUUCAAUGGGCUAUCCCACAAAAUUCUUCUCAGGACAUAGAUGUUUUGGAUAUACAUGAUCUUCUAUUAUUUAGAUUUGACAGAGGACCCGUUGGAGUGCUUCAUUUCAAAACCGGUGUCAUCCCAAGAGGACAGCUUGGCCUUGUAGAAAUCAUCCAGGAAUAUAUUCAUCAAGAUGAGAUAUGUGAGGCAAUUAACAUUUUAAAUGGCAUGAACUGGAAUACAGUGGGUCAUCACUGUUAUGUAAGCCUAUGUGCCAUAACAAACUAUCUGCUUCGACAAAAGCUGACACACGUUAGAGAAGCACAGCUGGAGGCAACUCUUGGGACAUUUUAUGCACCAACCCGACCUUUGUCUGAGACAACUGUUUUGGGAUACAGGGACCAGAUCAGUAGAUAUGCACGAAGGUUCUUCCACCAUCUGCUCAGGCACCAAAGAUUUGAAAAGGCCUUUCUGUUAGCAGUUGAUAUAGGUGCCCAUGACUUAUUUAUGGACAUCCAUUACUUUGCACUAGAUAAGGGUGAAUUGGCACUAGCUGAAGUGGCAAAGAAAAAAGCUAACAACAUUGACACAGAAUCAAUAACUACUGGAGUUGAGAUUCCAAGAUAUAAAAACAAAGAAGAUAAUUUAAAAGAACCUGUCGUGGACCUGUGUAUGACACAAGAACAGAAAUUUGAAGGCAGUUUCCCACCAUGCAGUAUGACAUGCAACAGCUCUACAAGUGAAGUAAACAAAAGGGAAUGCGAGUUUUUGACAGACUUUUGUACUAAACUUGAAAUGGACAAAACUGCAUGUCAAACAGAAAUUUUUCAGGAAGUGCAUGAGGAAGAGGAAAUUGGAGGAAAGAGCUCUAUCAAAGUAGUGCAUUUUGGUCUGGUAUAAACCAGAAAUAUUGAUGCAUAGUAAGAAAAUUAAAGUCCUACAGAUCAUUUGCUGUGAAAAACAAGAAGCUUUCAACUAACAUAAGAUUCUGAAAUCAUGUUCAAAUAAUUCACUAGUAUAUAUUAACUUCUUGCAUAAAUGGUUAAAUCAAGGGGAAUUAAAUGUGCUCAGCUCUGCCUGAAUCUUACGAUUUUUAGGUCAGUCAUAUAAUUCAUUUACCAACAGCAAGGGGCCUUGUUUCUACUGCAUUUUGUAUGCUCCUAGAGCAACAUAUGUGAUGACUAAUCACCAUUAUUAACAUUAUAUAUUUAGAAUAUCAUAAUAAUUUUUUGCCCUAGGUGGAAAGUAUCUCAUGAACCUAUUUUAUAUUGAAGGAUUAUCAAUACUUAUUGAUACUAUAAAGAGAUAAUAAACUAUUUUAAUAAUG